GAUCAGUCUGCACAAGGGCGUAGAGGUUGGCUCGCGGGAGAUUUUCAUCGAAAAAAUCAUGAGUUUUUUGUUGAAUUGUUUUCAGAAAAGUGGAACAAUCUUCAAAAAUAUCCCUAACCAAUUAAGAUGUAUCCAAACAGUUGCAUCAGUAGAAGAUUUUACUGUGGAAAAUGAAAAAAAUUAUCUAUAUGAAAAAGGCAGUAAGGAACAAAAAGAAUUGGAAGCUGCAUUAAAGAAGUAUAAAAAUGACUGCACAGAAAUACCCAUCAUUAUUGGAGGAGAAGAAAUUAAAACAAAUAAUGUGCAAUAUCAAGUUAUGCCAUUUGAUCAUUCUUCAAAAAUUGCCAAGUAUUAUUGGGCUUCACCAGAUGUCAUUAAGAAAGCAAUAGAGAAGAAUCUUCAAGUUCGAAGGGAUUGGGAAGCUGUUCCUAUAUCUGAAAAAAUAAAAUUAUUUCUUAAAGCUGGUGAUUUAGUAAGUGGAAAAUAUAGAAUGGACUUGAAUGCAGCCACAAUGUUAGGACAGGGAAAAACAGUAUAUGAAGCAGAAAUUGAUUCAGCAGCUGAAUUAGCAGACUUUUUCAGAUUUAAUGCAUUUUUUGCAAAGGAACUUACAAAAUACCAACCAAUUUCAACUAAAGAAAGUAAGAAUUCUUUCCGCCAUAGAGGAAUUGAGGGAUUUAUAGCUUCAAUAUCGCCUUUUAAUUUCACAGCUAUUGGUGGAAAUCUUGCAUCUGCUCCUACUUUAAUGGGUAAUGUAGUAAUGUGGAAACCCUCUGAUACUGCCAUAUUAUCUAAUUAUGUUGUUAUGAAAGUCUUGCAAGAAGCUGGAUUCCCACCAGGUGUUAUUAAUUUUGUACCUGCAGAAGGAAAAACAUUUGGUGAUACAAUAACUUCUUAUCCAUCUUUAGCUGGAAUUAAUUUUACUGGAAGUGUAGCUACAUUUCGUCAUCUGUGGAAACAAAUUUCUCAAAAUUUGGAACUUUAUAAAAAUUUUCCUCGAAUGGUUGGAGAAUGUGGUGGUAAAAAUUUUCAUUUUGUUCAUUCAUCUGCUGAUGUUGAGUCAGUAGUUGGAGCAACCAUUAGAGCAUCAUUUGGAUACAGUGGACAGAAAUGUUCUGCAUGUUCUAGAAUGUAUGUUCCUGAUAAUUUAUGGCCAAAGAUCAAAGAAGGACUUUUAGAAGAGCAGAAGAAAGUAAAAUUAGGAUCUCCUUUGGAAUAUGAUACAUUCUUGUCAGCAGUAAUAGAUGGAAAUUCUUUCAAAAGAAUUAAAAGUUAUCUUGAUCAUGCAAAAUCAUCAUCACAAUUAGAGAUUUUAGCUGGUGGAAAGUGUGACAAUAGUAAGGGAUAUUUUAUUGAACCAUCAAUUGUACAGUCUAAGGAUCCAACAGACAAAAUAAUGAAAGAUGAAUUGUUUGGUCCUGUUGUUUCUGUUUAUGUAUAUCCUGAAAAAAAUGUAACUGAAGCUUUGAAUUUAGUGAAAGAAACCACUCCUUAUGCACUGACAGGAUCAUUAUUUACUAAAGAUGAGUAA